UUCGGAAAUAUCGGAUUACAAGGAGAAAAAGAUUGCAUUGCUAAUGGAUGAUGUGAAAGUUAUGAGAAAGAGAUUCAUAUCUAGCAAUCCUGUGAAGAUGUUCAAUGAAGAUGUUAAAUUUUUCUAUAGACCCUCUAUGAUGAAGAGGUGCACAAAAAAAAAGAAUAGACUGACUAUGUCAAUGCUUUAUCAAGCCAAGGAAGCUAAGAAAGAGAAUCAAGGCAAGGAACCUAAGAAAGAGACUUGCGGUAUCUGUAUGGAAGACAUUGAUCCUUCACUCAUGUUUUCUGCUUGUGUAUACGGUCAUAGAUAUUGCUUAACUUGUGUGAAAUCACAUAUCGAGGUGAAGCUUCUUGAUGGAAUGAAACCGAACUGUCCUCAGCCUCUCUGCAAGUGUCAGCUAUCUAUGGCUAGAUGUGGUGAGAUUUUGAAUGAAAAGCUGAGUUUGAUGUGGAAACAGAGGAUUAGAGAGGAUUCAAUAGCUUAUAGCCAGAGAGUUUACUGUCCAUACCAAAGGUGCUCGUAUCUAAUGUCGAAAACCGAGCUUUCUUCUUCAUCUGCUAAAUAUGGACGUAGGAGAUGCUUCAAAUGCGGUGGCGACUUCUGUAUUCACUGCAAAGUUCCGUGGCAUAGUAAGCUAACAUGCACCAAGUACAAGAGAUUGCAUACUCAAAAUGAUGUGCUUAAGUCUCUAGCAAAUCUUAGAGAGUGGCGUCAAUGUAGCAAUUGCCAACACAUGAUUGAACGUUCUUCCGGAUGCGACCACAUGACUUGCAGGUGUGGAAAUUCUUUUAACUACACGCGUGGGGCUAAUGGGAUCAGCUUAGCCGGCCAUAGAGCAUUCAUUACUAGGUACAAUAACCAAUUCGGGUACAGCUUAACCGGCCAUAGAGAAUUCAGUUCUCGGUACGAAAACCGAUUCCAGAGCGAAAAACAUGAUGAGAGAUUUGGUAUGAUAUGUAUUGUUUUAAUUUUGAUGUUUAUUGGUGUGGUAUCACUGGUAGUGUGGUAUGGCUAGACUUUUAGUAGACUAAUAAUUACAAUUUCGGUUUGGUAUUAUCCCCUUUUUUAUUUUUGUAGUUGCAGUUAGAGAAUAAUAAUAAUAAAGGCUCAAUAAUAAAGUAACGUCGAGCAUAGCAUGUCCAACGAAAGCCAACCAUAAAGCCUAAUAGCUGGUUCAAUAAUUUCUUGAAGUCACUAUAAAGCCUAAAACUUUUUACCCUCGAUUUCAACCCCAAGAGGCCAACAUAAGUGAUGUUGAAAUACAAAACUUAAUAGUUUAUUUAUUUAUAAAACCAUUUAAACAAAAACUAAUUAAGAAUACCCUAAAAUAACACUAACACAAGUUAUAUUAGAUAAAUUUUAUUUUUACGU